AACCGCGCCACCUCGACGGGAGGUGGGGCCCAUCUAUCUCGAUCCCGCCCUGGGGCGGGGUUAUCUGAAUCUGGACACGCCCUCAAAUUUCUGAAGUCUUUCGGAAACAGGGGUUUGAAGCGGAAGUUAGGAAGCCCCGACAGACAGGCGACGGAAGUGGCCGGCCGACUGCCUGUUCGUGCGCAUGCGUUCUUCCAUUUCCUUGCUGCACCUCAUCAGUCGCUACUUUUUCCUCUCUCCCCUCCUUUUCUCCACGCGGGGGGGUUGCGCGUACCCCUAGUCGUGGUUGCGCGCUCAUCUCCCUGUGCUACUCUCGUGGCUCUUUCACCAUGGCGGGCAUUCUGUUUGAAGAUAUUUUUGAUGUGAAAGACAUUGACCCGGAGGGCAAGAAGUUUGACCGAGGUAAGUAAGUGUCUCGACUGCAUUGUGAGAGUGAAUCUUUCAAGAUGGACCUUAUCUUAGAUGUAAACAUUCAGAUUUACCCUGUAGACUUGGGUGAUAAGUUCCGGUUGGUCAUAGCUAGUACCUUGUAUGAAGAUGGUACCCUGGAUGAUGGUGAAUACAACCCCACGGAUGACAGACCUUCCAGGGCUGACCAAUUUGAGUAUGUAAUGUAUGGGAAAGUGUACAGGAUUGAGGGAGACGAGACUUCUACUGAAGCAGCAACACGUCUCUCUGCCUAUGUGUCCUAUGGGGGCCUGCUCAUGAGGCUGCAGGGUGAUGCCAACAACCUGCAUGGAUUUGAAGUGGAUUCCAGAGUUUAUCUGCUGAUGAAGAAACUGGCCUUCUGAACCACCUGGGAAGCCAGCCUUGCUGCCCGGUCACUCAGGUCUUGGACAUUUGUUCAAGCCUGAGCAGCAGGUGCUGUUGUUCGCCUGCUCAGGAGGAGCUGGCUCUCUGUCCACCCAGAGGUGUGGGCGCAUCUGUAGGGCGUCUGGACUCAAUGGAAAACUGACUUGCCUGUGGGAGAGUUUCAAAUGAGUCAGAAGUUGUUUUGUGUAUAUGAUUUUUUAAAUUAAACUUUACUUUUUGCAGAC